UUUCGGUAGAACGCAGAUUUCACCACCACCACCGCCGUGGGGCGACAAUGUCCUUUAUCGAUGUGGCAGAAGCGCCGCUGCGGCCGCAUCGCCCGGCAUUUGAGCGGCUCAAGUCGAUCAAAGAUGUUCGGCAGGCCAUGACGAGGCAGCAGUCCAUCGUGGAUCAAGUGCUUCUCACGACGCUGUCCAAGGAGUCCGUGGGCCAUGGGGGGCACGGGGGGCAUGGGGGCGACAUGUUGCGGCAAACGGUGCGCAACACGAUGGUGUUUCAACUCAAGAAGAGCAUGGGGUCCACCCGAAGUAUCGGGAGCACCGUGUCGAGUGCAGCGAAGGCCGUCAAGAAAAUGUCCAUCGACGAGGAACCCUUGUCCAUCGUGGCCACGGUGCCAAAGCUCAUGGAGCACGAACAUCACGUAGAGGAAAUCCGGCAAGCCGUGAUCCGACUCGUGGCGGACGGGGAGAUCCAUACGGAACACACUGAAGGCGAGCGUGUGGCGUAUAACCGGCAAGGCGAUUUGAAAUACUACACGGACGAAAACCUCGAAUCCCGGCUGGGGCUCCGUGUCCACCCGUUGCUCGGCCGACUCACGUGGAUGUUUUGGCUCAUGGUGGGGUCCCAACACGCCAUGGGCAUGGAGUACGAAGGGUACCAAGGCAUCAUGGUCCGCAUCCACAAGGUCUUGAUCGAACUCUUUGAUAUUGAAGACUCCAAAGUGCUCAUUCGAGAGGACUGGGUUCGAGAUACGAACGCCACGCAUGAGCUGACGUACGAACUGUUUCACCUGUCGUUGUUCGAGCUCAUCGACAUCUGGUGUGACUCGCUCCGGCCCGACGACUAUUGCAACUUGCUCUAUCUGCUCAUGCAUGGAAUCGCACAAAUUCAAUCAUCGGGUUCGUUUCGACUGAGACGGCUCCAAGAUAUCAAUUACACGGACGUGGUCGAAGAAUUGCAUUUGCGACCUCGAACGCCGCUUCAAAUUGAAACUGAAUUGGACGCGUUGGAGGCGCAAUUGACUGCCAAACAUGCUACGGCGGCUGCCCCACCUCCCGACCAGACGUCAGCAGCCACGCCUGACGCCGCCGAAAACGCGCCGACGGUGGAGGCCACCACACCUUCCACCCCCCCCGAAGACAUCACGCUCAACGUCCCCUCCGGACUCAUGAUCCAGCUUGACCACGUCGAAAUCCGGCCAACCAAACUACACAAAGUAAAAAUGGUGUCGCAUGACUCAUCCACCGCUUACAAACCCGACGCGAUGCCCCUUCGAGUACUAACCGAGCCGCCCCCAUCACGCCCCGACGCGAUCGUCGUGCCUUCAGUUCCACUUGUUCAACAGCCUAAGCAACCCCAAACCAACGCCGAUUCGAAGUCACCUUUGGCCUCAACUCCGACCACCGCCACCCCCCCUCCCCCGUCGAUCGUCCCAGAACCAGUGGGCACGUCGCCGAUGGUCGAGCCGAGUCUCCAGUCGAACCGGAAUUACAGCCAAGCCCUACAGCCCACAGACAUGGCCAGCGUGCUGGCCAAUGCUACCUCUGCUUUCCGCACUGACGCGACUAGGACGAUGGAGUUCACUAGUGCACCGCAUAUUCGCCACAGUUCCCUCGCAAGGCCCACCAACACAAGACGAUCCGCACCCUACAAUCCCAACCUAAAAGACCCCACGUCUCCCCGAAAAGCGACGAAUCAAAAGAAGUUUACCGAUGCGCCUACCACGUCGUCGGGCUUUUUCAUCAAGUCUAUUGCCGGGCUCACACCAAUUCCAGCAGGACCCCCAAGUAUUAUCGCCCCCCCAGCUCAACUUGAGACCCCUCCACCAACCCAAUCCGUCAAUGCAGACACUGGUAGCCCUCGGCCCGUGUUUAACUUGGCGGGGGCCAAGAGCCCAAGGGGCCAUCCGGUUUGGAAACCCAAGCGUCCUGGGAACAACGAUCGGUUUGGACUUGGGAUAAACCCCCCCGGAGGUGAAGGCGGGGACGCGGCGUUUCCGGUAAAAGGGCUGGGGGGGUAUGCUGAAGGGGGAGGCACGCUUCCAGGCACAGGUCGUCUAAUCACUUACGUGGCAAGCUCUGGGCCGUCGUUGGACAUAGAGACUUUGACAGGCAACGGAAUUGGCAUUUUGGGCGGCAAACCCACGUACAAACCACCAAAGGACAGUGGCUCGAGCCGGCCCACGGGCGUUGUGAUGGCCCCCAAGCGCGAACAGCACGCAGCACCAGUGUAUACAACUUCGUACUCUUUGAACAAACCAGACACUCCAACUAGUGGGGGGGUAAAGCUGGACGAUGUACGGCCUCCCAUGUCGUCCAUAUCGAGCUCUCCAUCCCAAUCCCCAUACGACUACCGCGUCGGGGGCACCAAGAGGGGGCGGCAACGGACCAAGAAAGCAGAUGCGAUGGCGUCCGAAAUGGUGCACGACCUGGCCAGUCUAUCCUUUGGAACAACCCCCAAACCGCUAGCGAUGGUGUCGUCAGCAGCACCGCCCGUCGCAGGUUCCCCCCUCUCCCCCCCCACGCGAGACACAAACAAUUUGCGACUGGGGAGUCCAUCGGCGUACUCCAAGAUAUACCGAGGUGGCCAGCGCCUGCUUUCGCAUCUCACGAGUGGUCAAACAAUGGAGCAAGGCGUCAUGUUUGAUAGUCCGUUGGUCGCCCGAACUGUCAGCUCCUCCCCCAACCCCAACAGUCAGUCCAAAUAUCCCUCGUCUGGGGCGUUUCGCGGCAUUGCAGUACAGCCAGGGUAUGACCGCAACUUGGCCAACCUCCAGUUCAAAGUCCAAGCUCUGAAUGUUCCGUCAAAUACCAAGCCGCCCACUACCAUCACGGCCUCAAACGCUCGAAGUGUGGAGAUAAAACCAAGCACAGCGGCUACUGCACAGCCCACUGGAAUUGGACACGGACUUACCUUGCUCACCGCCACAGCGAUAACCAAACCGAGAUGAAGUUCGACGUUGUAAUAUACUCGGAAACAAAACUCACACAAUAACUUGAAACAAUGUGUGAG